UAAUAAAGUCGCGAAAUUUUCCGAUGCACCUUUAACCUUAUUUUUUCACGUGUAUUGUGGUAGCGUUGCUGUUUCGUUUCCAAAGCCAAGUUGAUUUAUUAUUAUUUUGAUAUAAAUUAAGUAAAAUAAAAUGGAGAAGGGUGAAGUAAGGGUUCCCAAUACUUGGGAAAAUAGAAAAGUAAAUCGCGGGAAGGUAAAUAGUGGCCUAACGCACGAAUGUGGGGUUUUUGGGGCUAUAGGUUUGGAGAAUUGGCAAAAUAAUUCUGAAAUCGCCCAAAUUAUUUGUAUUGGUUUGGAAGCUUUGCAACAUAGAGGUCAGGAAUCCACCGGGCUGGUCACCACUGAAGGAGGCAAUGAUUUUCACAUCCACAAGGGAAUGGGUUUGGUCAAACACGUUUUCAACAACGAUUGCAUAUCAAAACUCAAAGGAACACUCGGUAUAGGACAUACGAGGUAUUCAACCAGCGCGAAAUCAGAACCCAUUAACUGCCAACCUUUCGUGGUACACUCCAUGCAUGGAUCUUUAGCGGUCGCUCAUAACGGAGAGUUAGUGAAUGCCUCAACCUUAAGGCAACAGGUACUGAAAAGAGGUGUAGGUCUAUCAACUCACUCAGACAGUGAGCUUAUAACUCAAGCUUUAUGCCUAAUACCGCCAGAUGGCGAAGUAAACGGCCCUGAUUGGCCGGCGAGAAUAAGGCACUUAAUGCAGUUGGCACCACUGAGCUAUUCGCUCGUUAUAAUGUUGAAAGACAAAAUAUAUGCUGUUAGAGACCCUUAUGGAAAUAGGCCGUUGUGUCUGGGUAAAAUUGUUUCAAAUGGUGGUGAUAAAGGUGAGGAAACAACUGAAGGUUGGGUUGUCAGUUCCGAGUCAUGCGCAUUCAUCACUGUGACGAGAUAUGUCAGGGAGGUGUUGCCAGGUGAAAUUGUUGAGUUAACUAAAAAUGGCCCUAGAACGGUGGAUGUAGUCUCCACUCCUGAAGGAAAGAACUUGGCAUUCUGCAUUUUUGAAUAUGUAUAUUUUGCUAGACCAAAUAGUAUUUUUGAAGGGCAAGAAGUAUAUACAGUAAGAAAUAUUUGUGGGGCUGAGUUAGCCAUUGAACAUCCUGUAGAAGCCGACAUGGUUGGGUCAGUACCGGAGUCAGGAAAUUCUGCUGCCUUUGGAUAUUCAAAACAAUCACAAAUUCCAUAUGGGGAACUUUUAACAAAAAAUACAUAUGUUGGUAGAACUUUCAUCCAGCCCUCCAACAGAUUAAGACAAAUGAACGUCUCUCUAAAGUUUAGCCCAAUUUUACAUAAUGUAAAAGACAAGAGAAUCAUCCUAAUCGACGAUUCCAUAGUACGCGGCAACACUGUAGGGCCCAUCAUUAAGUUAUUGCGCAGGGCCGGGGCAAAAGAGGUUCACAUUAGAGUGGCAAGUCCUCCCCUGCGUUAUCCCUGCUAUAUGGGGAUAAAUAUUCCCACUAGGGAGGAAUUGAUUGCCAAUACAAUGACGUCAAAAGAACUCGCCAAAAAAGUCGGUGCUGAUAGUCUCGAAUAUUUAAGCGUUGAAGGUUUGGUGAAAGCCGUUAUGAAAAAUCUCGAUAAAAACAACGGUUCAAGACACUGUACCGCGUGUUUAACAGGGGAUUAUCCAGGUGGAAUUCCCGACGAAUUAGAUUGGUAAAAUUUGCACAAAAAAAACAAAAAACAGUAUUAUUGUUAACAUGGUAAAAAACGGUGCUGGUUGCCUAUAUUUAGUUAAAUUUCUUUAUUGUAAACUAUCUACUUAA